GGCAGCUCCUCUCGGGUUAAGAUGAAACGGGUGAAACAUGCUGAAAACCAUGGCUGACACAACACCGUCAGCCUAUUAUGACAUCAACACGACAUCUUCAACCCACGAGAGGGUCGAGGGUAUAUCCGUGGCCCCUUUUCUCGUCAAGGGCUUCAUCAUGGGGCUCAUCAUCGUGAUGGCAGUUCUCGGCAACGCGCUGGUCAUCAUUAGCGUCGUCCGCCACAGGAAGCUGAGGAUCAUCACCAACUACUAUGUUGUCUCUUUGGCCCUGGCGGACCUCCUGGUCGCGCUCUGCGCCAUGACGUUCAACGCCAGCGUCGAGCUCACCGGCCACUGGGUCUUCGGCCCGGUCAUGUGCGACGUCUGGAACUCUCUGGACGUGUACUUUUCUACAGCGUCCAUCCUCCACUUAUGCUGCAUAAGUGUAGACCGUUAUUACGCUAUUGUGAGACCCUUGCAGUACCCCAUCACCAUGACGCACAGGACUGUAUCUUUCAUGCUGGCCAACGUCUGGGUUCUACCCGCCCUCAUCUCGUUCACCCCGAUCUUCCUCGGAUGGUACACCACCGCGGAUCACCAGCAGUUCCGAAAGACAAACCCCAACGUCUGUAUUUUCGUUGUGAACAAAUAUUACGCUAUUAUAUCGUCUAGUGUUUCUUUUUGGAUACCUGGAGUCGUUAUGGUCACGAUGUACUUCAGGAUAUAUAAAGAAGCGGUGAGGCAGCGGAAAGCCUUAUCACGUACUUCCAGCAAUAUAAUUUUAAAUAGUAUACACCAGCAUAGAAGAGGACAUCCUCACUACACUCCCAGGCUGCUGCCGCCUGCCGCAGACGGCGAUUUGUCGCCAGCGACGCUGUCCUCGGAUCCAGACAGCAGGAAUUCCUCGGCCGCCAGCAACACGCCACUUCCAGUGAAAAAGUCGCAAAUCAACAGCAACGGAACGACUGUUCGGACAGCAACCAGCUGGAGGACGGAGCAUAAAGCGGCACGCACGUUAGGCAUAAUCAUGGGCGUUUUUAUGAUAUGCUGGUUACCUUUUUUCCUUUGGUACGUGAUAACGACCUUGUGCGGCGACGCAUGCUACUGUCCUGACAUGGUGGUCACCGUGCUCUUUUGGAUCGGUUAUUUCAACUCGGCCCUCAACCCGCUCAUCUACGCCUACUUCAACCGGGACUUCAGAGAGGCGUUCAAGAACACGUUGCAGUGCGCCUUCCCCUGCUGCUUCACCUGCUGCCCCAAGCAAGACUCGCCCGUGCAGUAUGUCUAGAACAAGCACACCCCAUCACCUUUGUGUUGCCUCCCUUUGCACUUAGAGGUACGUCAGAGCGGGUUGCAUGGCACCGAUACAUGGAGAGAAGGACAAAUUAUCGGGGUUCGUUAUUCAGACAUCCGACCAAAUUAUAUAAUGAAAAAAAAUCUCAACCGAACUAUUUAAUCUGCAAUGGUUUUAAUCAAAACCGUGGUAAUUGUCCCUUUAUUUUCACUCUACCAUCUACCAACAAAAGCAUAUUAACCAAUAACUGCUAUAAGCUAAACAAAUAUUUUAGAUGAUAUCGCUAAAGUCCGUUCUAUUUUCUUUUACUUUUUAAUCUUUUAAUCCAUUGAUUGAAUUUUCAUUUUCCUAAAACAGAAUUUUUUAAAAUCAAACAAUUGAAAUUAUUAUUUUAUUCUACUCAUUUCUAUUCAGCUGUUUUGAUUCUGUUUUCUUAAAUUUUGAAAUUUAUUAAUGAUUAUAAUAAAACAUAGAUUGAUAGCGUAUCGUACAUUAUCUACCGUCUUUGCUAAUUACGUAUGAUUUUGACGAUAUUAGCGUAUGUUGCCACAACGAAUCAAAAGAAGUAGUGUGAGAGAAAUAUGUGGACAUCCAAUGACAAGAUUGCGAAAUACCAUUCUAUUAAAAUAUGUACUCAAUAUACAUUUUAACUAGUCUAGUUAUUUUGGUAUUUAUUGUUUAAACCUGUCGUGGUUUUGUUACUACUUUUUAAUUAUUAAUACGGCAGAUACUUGUUAUGAUCUUAUCGAAAUUAUUCUUUUCCUGACUUCAUAUUUUCCUAACGGACGAAGCUGUUUUGCACGACCCUAAUUCUUUCGACCAAGCAUGGUUUUGAGCUGGAGAACACAUAGAUAUUUUCAUUGUAUUAUCUCUAGCAAAUUCCGGUCGAAGAAUCGCAUCAUGCAUGGUUUUAGACCGGUGACAGCAAGGCGUCAAACGAUAAAAUUAUUAUCGACAAAACAUAAAUAUUCCCGGUAAUUUUUAUCCUUUGGCUUCCGCGAGACAUUUAGCCCAUAAGUCGUAUGUAUGUAUGCAUGAAAACAUUCAUUGGACGCAAAAUGUAUGCCGAGAUUCCCCGCAUAAAUUGUGAAAAAGAAUUGUAAUUUAAGGAUAGUUGUAUAAAACGAAAAAUUAAAUAGUUUAUAAUUGGUUUUGUUUUCGAAUAUAAGACAUUGUUAUAUAUUUCCUUUUUUCUGUUACCAUAAGCACAAUUGUAUUUACCCAUGGCAAGACCUUUCGUAACCCAAAUUCAGCAUCGUGUGAUUUUAGAAUGCAUUUGUCUUGUGAUCGUCCAAUCCAUCAUUAGUUUGUUAACGAAGUUCACUCAUUAAAGCUUUUUGUGUUUUAGGUUUAAUUAGGAAAGAGAAGAGAUGACUGUAUAACAGGGUUUAGUGAGCACUGAGGCACGCAAUUGUGCUGUCGUUAUCCAAGCACACAUCAGAGCACAAAACCGGCCUGGUGUUAUCUAUAAAACGCGGCGGAUUUUAUGUGAUAAGACGGUUAGGCGAUGAUUAUUGGAUUGUUACAAAUAAAAUUAGAAUGAAAAAUCUUUUACCAAAAAAAGCAAUAAAUUGUUUUUAGAUACUUCAUAUUAUUGUAUAAUUUGUAUUGUUACAAAUCCUCUCAAGAUUUUGCUGUUUAUGUAAUGUACAAAAUCAACGUUUACCUCGUGUACUUGGGUAUAUUUUUUUAGAAACCGAUAAAAAAAAUCUUUAAAAAUUUGUUGAGGCAUGAGAUGUUAUAUAUAUAAUGUAAAUAAAUGGAUAUUUUAACAAUAUAGAUAGAUUGAGUGUUAAAUGUAAGUUUAGAGUGUAAACUAAAGACUGCUUAAAAUGGUGCAGUUUUCGGACAAAGGAACGACCUUAAACAUAAUUAGUUAUUUUUACUAUAUACCGUUGAUAUAAAUAUCAUGCUUUGCAAAAAGCUCGUCCUUUGUCCGAAAGUCGUUACGGGUAUUUAUAAUAAUUGUUGUUUCGCUGUAUAAAGAAUGUAUAUAAAAAAUAUAUAUCUAUGAUGUUUUGAACAUUUUUUGUGAUGAAUGGCAACCUUCUACAAUGACAAUUUAAGUUAAGUAAACGUUUAUCAGUUGUUUUAUUGUAAAUAGUUAAUGGCAAAUGACCGCGGUGAGUCCGCGGUAAUUUGUCUGGACAAAGCUAAUUCUAAAAAUUAUUAAAAACAUGUUAAAAGCAAGGCAAAGGUGAGGAUUAAUUAAAAAUGAAAUAAUAAAACUGUUAGGGGUAUACCUUCCUAUUCAUAUCACAGCCUCUCGCUCUUAUGAAUGUGUAUUGAAUGGACAAUGUGAUUAACUAUGAUUUAUGUAUGGACAUGACGCUGUGUUUACUUUGUAUAGUGGAACUGCCCUUAAUUUGGUAUAAAUCAAAUUAAAAAAAUAACGGCUUUGAUAUUUAUACGGGAUUAAGAACGAAGGACGUUAAUUUUAGAGUAGGAACUUUCAACUUUUGACAAUUUUAAUAAAAUCGUCGUUUAUAAAAUAUAAAAUAAUAUGAAUUUCAAAAUAUACCCCGCUUUCGAAAACGAAAUGCCAAGAAUUCUCAAAUUUACAAAUUAGGAUUAACAAGAACUAAAAAUUCGCCGAACUUAAAAACUAACUAGAUUACAAACUAUUUAAUGAGCAAUAUAUAUUUCAAUCUUACAAAUCAAUAACAUCAACUUAAAAUUAAUUAUUUAUAUUUAGUAUAUUUAAUUAAAACUUACGAAUUUCCUGAAAGAGUAGGGUAUACUGUUUUAAUGUUUAAACUAUUUCCACUCAUUGCAAGUAAAAACGUAAGUAAUAAUAAAUUAUGCUUUCAUAACAUUUAAGCAAUUGUCCAUGGUGGUUGAUUGUACUUUUAUUUAUAUACACACUCAUUAUCACUAGAAUGUGCUUUACAGAAAAUUAUAAGCUGAAACUCUAUCUUUAAUGUUGGUUACAUUGUCAGCACAUUGUUAAAUAAUUCAACGGACUUUAAUGAAAACAACGUUCUGUAAUAUUUAUUGUUUCUGAGUUGAUAAUGGAUGUUGGUCUGCGAGUCGGUGAACUCAUGCUGAACCGAAAAAUGUUCACUAUUGGAUCCGUCUUAACACCAACGUUUCGGCAUUGCGCCAUCUUCAGUGAGUAUUUACCAUUCUGUCGUUUGUCCCUAGGGGCGUUUGCGUCUAGUGGGCGUGGUCAUGAUGUUCCUUGGUCGGUCGUGUUUUUGGUUAUUAUUUGCGCGGUUUUUUUUGGGGGGGGGAUGUUGUUUUCUUGUGAAGAUUAGUGUUUUUUAUUACGUAAUGUUCUUAGUGGUGGGAAAGUGUGUGAAUGUAAGUAUGUUGUUUAUAAGUUUUUCUAUUUAAGUGUUAUUUGUUUGUAUUUCUAUAGGUUCUUCAGUACGUUGAUUUUCCUGCCCUUUUUGGGCGUCGUGUAUUAAGACAUGCUUGUUUCUAUUCUGUUUGGUACGUGAUUGUGAUGUAUUAAGAGUGGCGGAAUUUGAUUUACCAUCGAUGUCUUUGAAGGAUCUAAGAUGUUCUGUAAAUCGACUCUUAAUUUAUUUCCAUUCUGUACAAUGUAUGUCUCCGAAUUGAUACGUGAUGCUACAAACACCCGUUAAUGUCUAGCGGGUUAGUUGUAUUUAUGUUUCUUUUUAGUAGUUUACCUGAGUCAUAGCUGGUUCUUAAUGCUGUUUUUAGCACGACUAUGUUGAACAAGUUCGUUAGUCUGUUGGUGUCUUUUCCUCCGUAUGCGAAUACUGUCCAUUAGUUGAUUUUUUGUGGGUAUGUAUGUUUUUUUAGUAGUUUCUUGAUGGUGCUUGUUUUGUAUUCGUUUUUAAUUACUAAAUUCGUUAUUGUUUGUAGUUCUUUGUUGUAAUUUUCAUUGUUACGUGGGAUUGCUUAUAGUCUGUUGAUCAUGUGUCAUAAUGCGGCAAUUGUGCUGGUGUGGGUGAUUGGAUUGCACGUUUAUGAUGUUGUUGGUUGCAGUGGGUUUUCUGUAUAUUUGGAAUUCGAUUUUAGUUGGUUCUCUUGAGUGUAAAGUCCAAGAAGUUGACGCAAUUUUUGUUUUCAGUUUCUACGGUGAAUAAUGUUUCUAUGCAUCGCGAUUGGAUCUCUAAGUACGUUUUCUGAAGAGUUGUCUGUUAUAUAAUAUGUCAUUGACGUAUUAAAAUAGAUGGAAUGUUUGGUUUUCAGCCAUUAUUUUUGGGAAAUGGUUCUCUUCAAGGUUUUGGAGAAACACCCCUGCAAGAAUGGCCAACAUUGUUCCUUCAACCCUAGACCGUUAUUUAGUAGUUUGGUGUAGUUUGGGUUAAUGGUUAUUUUUGUAAUUUGUGCUAGUUAUGUAGCCUAUUCGUUUUCGCAAAUUUUGUGAAGUGUGGUUGCCAGUAUGUCGAUAGUAUCUUUGAGAUGGAAGGAUGUAGGUUUGUUAUGUCAAAGCAGACUACAUUGGCAGAUGGGGGAUUGUUAAGUUGUUGAGUUUUCUAUCAGGUCUAUUAACGCAGAAAGCGUUUUUUAAUUUUAAAUUGAAUUUUGGUAUACCUUCAAUAAACUUUGAUUGUUUGAUUGCAGGGGCUGGCCUAUAGAUGGCUAUUGGGAAUAUUAGGUUUUUGUAUUUUUUGGAGUGAAGUAAUGUUUAGAUGUGAUAGUUCCUCAAGGUUAAUUGAUUAACUGAGGGGACAGUUGUUUAUUGUUUUUUUAAUAAAAAUCGUCGAUGUAAUAGGAAUUAUAUUAUGAAGCAUAUUUAAACGUUUAAAUAUGGAUAUACGCUUAUUAUAAAAUACACACGGGUAAGUAUGACUAUAUUCUACACAAAAAAUGCUAUAAAAUUGCUUGACAAUUGAAUAAAAUGUAUUUGAUCAUAUGUAACCAUGGUUCAUAUAGUUUCGGUAAAAUUCAGAAGAUAACAUUAUUAUAUUUAAAUUUUCCGACGGUAAAAUGUGAAAGUCCUUAAUUCACUCACUCUGACAGCACAAUAAUUUUAAAAAAUUUCAAAAAGUGUAUACUCAUAAAAAAAAUUAACGAUAAUAUUCUCCUUGUUGAAAUUUACAUAAAUUUUUAAAUACCAAAGUUGUUAAAUUACUUGAUAUCCGUCUGAUCCAAGAGUAACUUACUCAACCAUGUUUGGCAACUAUUCGGCAUCUUCUACCCUAAGAUUUAAUCAGCGGGGACUGAACUUUCUUAGUUGUCUUCAACAAGUUCCUUCUUUAAAUUUACGUCCUUUUUCAAUUUUGGUUUUUAAUUAAGUAACUUAAGCUUAGGAAUCAAUAAGUGAUGCUUCCGAAUCUUCCAUUAUAGUAAAAGAUUGUUAUUAAAGUGAAAAUUAUCAAAGUAUAUAGUUAAAAAUUAAAACAGCGUCUAAAAGAAUUUUUCAAGGUGAGUCCUAAAUGUGUGUUUUAUGACCUCUGAGAAUGGGAUUUUGUUUGUUGUACAUAAAAAAAGAAUGUUGUGCCCCUAAAAAACCGUUCGAGACAAUCGCAUACUGUAAACGUAGGCUUUUUUAUUUUCAUAUGUGAUCCUCAUUCGUACUCGGAAAAAGGUUAUAAAUUUAGUUUCUUUUAUACAACACAUUGUUAGUCAUGCAAUCCAAAAAAGACACAAUUAUAAAGCAUAUAUUUUGAACAAUAAGUAUUACCAAUAUGUAUACAUAUUGUGUAUGCAUAAAUGUUUGUAAUUAGUUUUCCUUUCGUUCUAUUCAUCGGAUGAUUAUUUAUGAAUGUCUUUCAUAAUUGUACAAACACGAAAAAAAAACGGCAAAAUGCAAUAAAAAAUAAUGUAUCUAUGUUAGACACUAGGAAAAACAAAUAAAACCAUUAAAUACCUUAUUAUUU